GUUGCCGAACUCGACAACAUAACAAUUUCCCCUCUUCAGUCUUCACCAUUGCUUCCGAUUCUUCUCCGCUCGUCGAUCUCGUUCUUUUUUCCUUUACUGUACCAUCUCGAUCAAGCGCAUGUUUUGAAAGACAAACAAGUUAAAUUUCACUAGGGCUUGCUAAGGGCUAAGACUGUUUCGCAUUCAAAUUAGACGAAUUUGAUUCUAUUAGGGUGUUCAAGAAAGCCAUUUUUGUUCUACAACAUAAGGUUUUAUUGAUUGAGUUCAUGGAGUCUGAUAAAGAAGAUGUCGUUUUUCUCGACCGAGCUUCUAGGGCAACGAGAGGGAAACGGAUGAGCAAGUUGGUUGACGAGGAGGUUGAAGAAGAUGACGAAUUCUGGAACCAAGAUGCUUUGAAAGAGGAAGAAGAUGAUACAAACUAUGUAGAAGAAGCAGAGGUCGCUGAUGUUUUUGACAGUGAUUUCGAUGAAGAUGAACCCGAGCCAGAGGAAGAAGCAGAAAAUGAGCCAGAUGACAGGAAGCGGCCAAAGAAGAGAUUGGCAUUUCCAGGAAAGCAAUUGCCAAAGAAAAAGAAGAAGAAGAAAGUUGUUUCAGAAGGCGAUAGUUCUAAUGAUGAAGGGACGAAUCCUGAGCAGUCAACACCCCAAGAAGAUCAUGACGUGCCUGAUGAUAUCGAAGUAGAAAAAACAACUAGAAAGUCGACACGAACUUCAGUUAUUGUUAGGCAAGCUGAAAGAGAUGCAAUACGUGCAUCACUGCAAGCAACAAUGAAGCCAAUAAAAAGGAAAAAGGAAGGUGAGGAGAAGAGGAUGACUCAAGAAGAGAUGCUUCUUGAGGCUGCUCAAACAGAAAUUAUGAACUUAAGAAACUUGGAACGGGUCUUAGCAAGGGAGGAAGAAGUUAAAAAAAGAGCAAUUGUCCAUAAAGCAGUCUAUAGUGGCCCUCAGAUACGAUAUCUUUCUAAAGAUGGUUACUCAUACCUUGAAUUUACUAAUGGGAUGUCAUUUCAAUCACAGAUUCCUACAUCGGCCACUCCAUAUCCGAAGAAGGCUGUAUGCGUGGUUACUGGACUACCUGCAAAAUACCGUGAUCCUAAAACUGGCUUGCCAUAUGCAACAAAAGAGGCUUAUAAGAUUAUUCGUGAACAGUAUUUGAAUGACGGUAGCAACAUUAAAGAGAAAAAGAGCAUGGGAAUGCUUUAUGAUUUAACCUCUGGGCAAGGUUUUACCAAAAAGAAGAGGAGAUCAACUAACCCAAACAGCAAAGAGAACUCUUAUCUCAGAUCCUUGGCUCGUUUUCGCCAAAUUCCAGCUUUCGAGUACUCAGACUCCGAAUGACUGUAGAAUGAGACAUCAGAAAUGUUGACAUUGCAAUAAAAGAAGGCCAACCUUGAUGCAAUUUUGCUUUUGUUUUCUGGUAACUCUGGGUGAUCUGACCAGUUCGCAUGCACCUUGCCUAAUCCCAUGGGAUCCUUGAAGAUAAUAGCCAAGAAAAAUGGAAGAUAUCCAAUGGCCCUAGGAGACUCGAACUGGCGAUUCAAACUCGGUAUAAGAGAGAAGUUGUUGGAUGCAUACUAGUUUGAACACAUGUUUUUUUAGAUCCAGUCUGUUUGUCUCUCUGCCUGUUGUGUGAUUCGUCUUUCCUUUUCUUAGAUACAUUUUGUGUGCGACAGUUGACCACAAGUAGUUGAAAACAUCGAGCUGAUAAAAGAAGUCUAUAGAAUCGAGUGACAAAAUAUAUCUCCAGAUGGGAGUGAAAUAUAGAUAUCAAUUUUCUCAAUUGCAAUUGGUAUCACUU